CGAAGAGAGAGAGAGAGAGACCUUUUUAUAUUCUACAUGACUUGACUCCACCACCUCACACCAUCACAACAUUCAAGAUCUCGGCUUGUAAAUACGGGGUCUGAUUUUUGGAGCCCUUGGUUCGGAUGAUGUAAGCCUACUUCAUAUGAAUUCCAUUUGGGAUUUUUUGAGCUGGUAUCGGGCAAUUUGGAGGUCAACGGCAAAGCUUUCACUGUUCAUCUACGAACUGAAAAUCGCAGAUUUCUCUAGUCUCAAGCAGAAUUGAAGGACUUCCUUUUAGGAUUCUGAGCAAAAUUGUUUGCUAAUUCAAGGUAUGAACAUGGAUUUCAAUUCCACUUGAAUCAUUGAACGAUUUGAGGUAUUUGGGGAAACAAUGUCACUGCUCACAGCGAGAACUUGGCUGUAUGAAUUGAACCAUGUUCCUUAUUGGUUUAUGCCAAACUUUUUGUGGUUACUGGCUGGUUUUUUUAGGAGUACUUGAUGCUUCUUUGAAACUAUUAUUGAACAAAUCUUAACUUUUGCCUUGAAUGCACGGUUGCUGGCUGCACAACUGAUUGAUGUCAUGUUCAUGAAUGUUUUUAACUGUAUUUUUGGACCUUGUUGUUGGGGCUACAUUACUUUGCUCGUGGAUUUUGCUACCCGUGUGGACUGUAUGCUUAAGUUUAUUUGUGCUAGCCAUGGAUUUUUGAAAUAUAACCUGCUGCUGUGCUGGUUCCUGGUGCUGGAAUCAGGGGAUGUUAGCUUGAUGAAUUUGAGGUUUUGGUUUUGGGUGGCUUCGUGUUGGUUUGUUGUACCCUGGGCAGUAAGGGGCUGGAAAUGGGGCUGCCAUGGACUAAUGAAACUGAGUUUGGAAAGUUAUGUGAUUGGAGAUUCUACAUAACUCUCCCACUUGGUUUCUCCUAGCUAAGGAAGGUCUUUGUGCAGAUUUUGCUACAAAACCAGCUGGUUGGCACUGCUUUUUUGGAUGGUCUGAGCUGAUUUUGAAUAUUUUCGAAGUUGAGCUUGGAACAGAGCAAUUUUGGGGGCUGCCUUUUGGAUUUUAUUUGCGCACAGGAGCUAGUGGAUUGUGUUUCUUGAAGGAAAAUGAACAAAAACGAGGUUGAGGCAGCGUGUGGACAGCUUCUCCCACAGCUGCCGUCUUUACUUCCACAUGCUUUGAAAUCAUUUCUGGAGGAAUCCCAAUCCAUUUUGAGCUAGGUUUGAUGUUUACUUUUGCCAGUUCGGUCCUCCUGGCAGGCCGCCCUUUGUUUUUCUUGACCCUUUUGGUUGGGGUUUUUCUGGAAGACUUUGGGCUAUCUUGACUAUGAAGUGGAUCUUCUGGUUAAUUGGGCUUUUUCUUGAGUCGAGGAGGUUGUUUGCCCGGUCCUGCCUAUCUAGGUGUUGUUUCUAAACUCAACCAAGGGUAACACUAGAUGAAGGCGUAUGGGACAACUAGUGAACUUCUGCUUCGUCUGUAUGGAGAUGCUUGCCAAAUAUCUAGGGGGCACUCUAGCCGUAGACCUUGGUGGGGUCACUUUGGAGUUAAGUUGUCCUCCUCGAUGAUGGCUCUGGAGAUGGCAAACAGCGAGGCUGCCAUCCAUGUUUGGCGCAGAAAUCACAACCACCACCACCACCACACUAGACCUCCGACUCAUCCAAAUCGUUCAACACCCAAAUCUUCUUGGGGUAUUGUCAAAGAUCUAGUUGUUGAUGGAGACUGCAGGAGAGAUUUACUUGCAGAGAGAGCUGAAAAUCUCCUCCUUUGUUUAAAACAAAGAUUUCCCAAUCUCACCCAAACCACCUUGGAUGCCACCAAGAUUCACUGCAACAAGGUCCUCUCUCCUUUCUUUCUUUCUUUCUUUCUUUCUUUUCAAACUCCCAUGUUUGAUCAGGAUGUGGGGAAGUCAAUCCUGGAGAGCUAUUCAAGAGUGUUGGAGAGUGUGGCUUUCAACAUAUUGGCGCGCAUUGACGAUCUCAUCCACGUGGACGACAUAGCCAAGCACCCCGCCGGAAAGCCGCCCCCUACUCCAUAGCCGUGCCGCACAGAAAACUCAUCAUUUCUUCCUCUUCAGCAACCCCUCUCAAAUCCCCGGGCCCGCCUUUGAUCAGCCCAGCCAGGGGGGCGGAGGUGACGCCGUUCCUGGGCGGCGGCGGUGGCGGUGGCAACAACAAGCUCCCCAGGCGUGGCCUUGGAGUGAAGAGGGCAUUGUCAAACUACCUUGGCGGAGAAGCUACUAAUAACAAGAUGAAGACUCUGGAAGCUUUUGCUGCCUCUUCCAUUUCCAGCAAAAGCUCUGACUCUCGAGCUUCAAUGGCUGCCACCAUGGUUGCCCAGGACGAAAGCUCUGUCUUGCGACCAAUUAACCGCUGAGAGCAUUAUAGUUUUAGUGGUGUUUAUCAUAUUAGCAUUAUUUAUUUUUAUAGUGGUGGAGUGUUUAUUAGG